GUGACCGUCCUCGCGGCCCUAGGCUCUCGCCCCGCCUCCGGCCCGUCGCCCCCUCCCGGCCGGCCACGCUCUGGGGGAGCCGCUCGCUCCGCCCGCCCGUUGGUGUCCCCACCGUAGCCGCUGCGCCUCCUCUCCCUGACUCGGGUUUCCCCGGCGUCGUCCCUGCCGCCGUCCCUGCGGGCUGCAUGAGGAGGCGGCGGCGGAGGAGGAUGUGAAGAUGGCGGAGCUGCAGAUGCUGCUGGAGGAGGAAAUCCCGGGGGGCCGCCGGGCCCUCUUCGACAGCUACACUAACCUAGAGCGGGUGGCCGACUACUGCGAGAGCAACUACAUCCAGUCAGCAGAUAAACAGCGAGCACUAGAGGAAACCAAAGCCUACACCACCCAGUCGUUAGCGAGUGUCGCCUACCUGAUAAACACCUUGGCCAACAAUGUCCUGCAAAUGCUGGAUAUCCAGGCAUCCCAGUUACGAAGGAUGGAGUCUUCAAUCAAUCACAUUUCACAAACAGUUGAUAUUCAUAAAGAGAAAGUUGCGAGAAGAGAAAUUGGUAUUUUAACUACCAAUAAAAACACUUCAAGGACACACAAGAUUAUUGCUCCAACCAACCUGGAAAGACCAGUUCGUUAUAUUAGAAAACCUAUUGACUAUACAAUUCUAGAUGACAUUGGCCAUGGAGUAAAGGUGAGUACCCAAAACAUGAAGAUGGGUGGGCUGCCACGCACAACACCUCCAAGUCAGAAACCGCCCAGCCCCCCUGUGUCAGGGAAGGGAACACUUGGGCGGCACUCCCCCUAUCGCACACUGGAGCCAGUGCGUCCUCCAGUGGUACCAAAUGAUUACGUACCUAGCCCAACCCGUAAUAUGGCUCCCUCGCAGCAGAGCCCUGUGAGGACAGCUUCUGUGAAUCAAAGAAAUCGAACCUACAGCAGCAGUGGGAGUAGUGGAGGAAGCCACCCGAGUAGUCGCAGCAGCAGUCGGGAGAACAGUGGAAGUGGGAGUGUGGGGGUCCCUAUUGCUGUUCCCACGCCGUCUCCUCCCAGUGUCUUUCCAGCCCCCGCUGGCUCUGCCGGCACUCCUCCCCUGCCUGCUACUUCUGCCUCAGCCCCUUCCCCUCUUGCUCCUGCUGCCGCUCCCCCCUCUGCUGCCCCAGAUGCCGCUGCGGGGGGCACCCAGACCCUUGCUGAUGGCUUCACUUCUCAAGCUCCCCCUGUUUCUUCCAAUCCACCUACUGGCCAUCCUGUUCAAUUCUACAGUAUGAACAGGCCUGCCUCUCGCCACAUGCCCCCGACCAUAGGGGGCUCCCUGCCCUACCGACGCCCUCCCUCUGUAACCUCACAAGCCAGCCUUCAGAGCCAGAUGAAUGGUGGACCUUUUUAUAGCCAGAAUCCAGUAUCUCUUGCUCCUCCUCCUCCCUCCAUCCUACAGGUAACUCCUCAGUUACCUUUAAUGGGAUUUGUGGCCAGAGUCCAAGAAAAUAUUUCAGAUACCCCGCCGCCGCCACCCCCUGUGGAGGAGCCGGUCUUUGAUGAGUCCCCGCCCCCGCCCCCUCCUCCUGAGGAUUACGAGGAGGAGGAGGCUGCUGUGGUUGAGUACAGUGACCCCUAUGCUGAGGAGGACCCUCCUUGGGCACCCAGGGCCUACUUGGAAAAGGUUGUGGCAAUUUAUGAUUAUACAAAAGACAAGGAAGAUGAGCUGUCCUUUCAGGAAGGAGCCAUUAUUUAUGUCAUCAAGAAGAAUGACGAUGGUUGGUAUGAAGGAGUUAUGAAUGGAGUGACUGGGCUGUUUCCUGGGAAUUACGUUGAAUCUAUCAUGCAUUAUUCUGAAUAAAGCUCAGCAGGGCUGCACUUUCCUCACAGAAACAGGUCUUCCCAUACUAUCUGAAGGCCCUGGGGAUUUCCCUUCAGUGAAGUAGAAUGAAGGAUACAAAUGAUAAAAACUACUUACUUUGUUCUUUUGAUUUAUUCUCCAGUAUUAAAACAAAAACAAAAAAGCAAGCCAAGUCUGAACAAAUGGAUCUUUCUGUCAUCAUUUGUACUAUGCUGAGCUGUCUGGAUUGAAAUAAAGUGACCAUUUCUGAAUAUGUCAAAGGUAUAACAACAUAAGUAUGUAGCUAAAAUAAGUAAGAUUAAGACUGAUCCAGGAAAAUGUCCAGGAUCUUUCUCAGGAAUACUGUACACCCUUGGGAUUUCCCUUCCUGCAAAAUCUGGCAGUGAACCUUCUCAACUGCCUGUGCUAAGGGGUUAACCUCAUGGCCCAGUGGGUAGCCUAGCCCCUCACUUUCUUCCACUUGUACGAAGAGGUAUUUAAAUACCAUACCUAACUAUUUUUACAAUUGUUUCAGAUGGCUUUUUUCCUCUUUAACACUGUAAAUUCUGCAUUUUCUCAGUACUUGAGUGUGCCAGAUGAGUUAAUGCUGAAAUUGCUUGCAUUUGAUCAUGUUUCUGUUUGUAGAUAUAGAAUGAUGACAUGUAAGUCUCCAAACAUUCUGAGGGUGGUUAACAACGGUCACAGCUUGAUUUUGAUGUGCUGCUGCAUGAGACGGCAUUGGCACUGACUGACAUUGGACCAACUGUGAAAUGUAUGGUAGGCUGGCUUGUGUGCUGCAUUAGUGCAUGAAGCUAGACAUGAAGGGCCUGAGGCUCUGAGGGAGUAAGCCAGGAAUAUGCCCCUCAGCAGGCCUGCUCAAUCCUUGCCUUCAGUUCUGCUUCAGGGAGUAGCUCUUGGAGGGCAGACCAACUAUUACUCCUUUUGCUUUUUAGAAAAAAACACUAGUUUUUGUUUUAAAAGAAUAGCAGUUAUUUUUAAGUCUCUUUUGACAGUCACUGGGAUUACAAAGCUGCUAAUGUGCUCUCUGAAUGUUACUAAGGGCCAGUGUAAGUGCUGCUGACUCAUCCCCCACUGAGCUCUAGAAAAGGUAAAUACUCGCCUGAUUUUGUGUGACUGAACUCUUCAGUAGCUCUUAGUAAGAACUUGAACCUUAUUUCUCAAAUAAGACUAUUGUGGAAUAAGAUUAAUAUGCUAAAAUACUUACCUAGUUACAAAAGAACUUUCAGAGAAAGAGUAAGCAUCCCCUCUGUAUACGACAUCUUCAGCUCAGUGGAAUUUGUAUGCCUAGUGGCUUUAAUCAUCACCUUUGUAAUCAAUAAUAGUAAAUACUGGAAAACAUGCAGGAGAUGAUAGGUGUUCAGUAGGUGAAUACGAUGAUGGUGGGCCAGAACUGCCAGUGUGGCUUCUUCCAGUGGUGGCCAGAUAGUAUCACUAGGCAACCUCCCCUGGUGAUGGGAGAGGCAGUAGCUGCAUAUGUUUCAAAUGGAGGCCGAGAGCAUUAUGGUAGCAUAGGUAAAGUUGGUUGGAAAAGGAAUGUGUGUAGUAGUGUUUGAAGAAAUACAGAUGGCAUAGGCAGUUCGUAUUCCACUUGUGGAUCUGUUAUCAAAGCAUAAAACUUCACCCUUUAACUGAGACCCAACUAUACUGCUUAUCAAGACUUUUGUUUUAAUUUGUAGGUAAAACAAAACAAAACCCUUUACAACUUGGCAGGUUUGCUUUUAGAUAAUGGCGCUUAAAAUGUUCUCUGAGCCUUUAACUCCAUUAACCUAAACAAGACUAUACUUGGGUAGGUUAAAAAUCUUCUUAGUACUGGUGCACAAGUAGGAAGACGUUUGAAAUGAGUAGUUUUAGUGAUUUGGGUAGCUUUUUAUUGAGAAAGUGUAAUGGAUUAAUAGGCAGAGGGUCUUCAAAAUCCAGUAGUUCACCACUGCCAGAGCAGCAACAGCGGUGGAAAGUACAGCUGGUGGCCUCCCCAUGCAUGCACCUUACCUACUGGACCCUUGCUGACUCCAGGUGCAUGGAAGACACUGGUGAAGCCCUCAGUGCUGAAGACUACAGUGGGGAACCCAUUAGUCAGCUGAUUUUUUUCUAUAUUAUUUAGUACUAAUGUGUGUAACUUUGGGGGGGCAUAUUUUAAAUUUUUGUACAGUUUUGAAAUCUAUAGAUUGUCUCUGAAGGAUACUAUAACUGUGAGCCAGGCCUACCAUAAUUGGAGACUUUAAUGUAUGUAAUAUCACUUAGAUUGCAUGCUACUAAUAGUCUGUGAGGGUAGUUAUUUCCUGUUUUAUUGUAAGUUUCUCCCAUUUAUCUUCUUGUAAACUAAAAGAAGGUAUUAGGAAUUUCAAAUGAAUUCAGAUCUUAGAUGCUACAAAGAUAUGUUAAUAUUGUAGCAAAGAUGAUCUGAAACUAAAGUCUGCUGACCCUUAAAGUCCCUAUUUUACUAGGAUAGAGGGAAUUUAAUGAGGCUGUUCUUUCUUCUGCAAGUUUCUCACUGUGGCCACUCUUUUUCCCCUAAAAAAGUGGAGUAAAUAUUCCUUUUGAGUAUUAAUAUUUGAAAACUUAUUGGGUAUUAAUAUUUGAAAGUUUGUUUGACAUGGACAAGGUUAUAAAUUGGAAACAAAAACACUGCCAGUGUUUCAAAAAUCUAGAUCUGAGAGAUUCAGCAUACUGUUUAAAAUAAAUACAAAUGUUUGAAAAUCUCUCUUCUGUAUUUUCCAUCUUUUGGCCACUUCCUUUUUUAUUAUCUUCCUCAGAGGUACCUGCUACUUCCAUCUUGGGGGUAGAAAGAGACUGCUAAUUUGUGUUCCUACUCAGUAGGUUUGACCCUUUCAUCCCUUUUCUUCCUGGUACUGCUACUGUUCAUUGCCCAGGUAGAGAAAACGUUUUAUGCAUCUUAGCAGUGAAACCUGUAACAUAGCUGUGCUCCUUGUAGUUUUAUGAUGUUGAAGAAUAAGAUUUUUCUCUUUGGGAGGCAUAAAAACAUUGGUCAUUUGCCUUUAUCUUUUUGCUGUUUUAGCACGUGACCUUUCUGCAUUAAUUGCUAUUCUUGAGGAGAAAACAUGUUACAUUUUGAAGGCCACCUAAUUUACCUCUGAAAAAAGUUUGAUGGAGAAAUUGGCAGGUGACUGCCAAGUCUUUAAAGAAGGGGAUCCUAUUUACUUUUGAACUUCUUUGGCUCCUGGUUGUUAGGGUGAUAAUUUCCCCCACAUGUGACUUAGGUAGACACAUAGAACUUUAGAGCUAGAUGAGCUUUUAAGAUUUUUGGUUUAGUAUCAUUUGACAGAUGAGGUUAGAUGCUUUGUUUCAGAUGAACAUUUAGUUAAUAGAGUUCCUGAUUCAGUGCUGUUUCUAUUGCACCACAACUGUCUUAAUUAAAUGUGCUAUAUUUUCUUUAAAAAUUAAUUUUUCUUGAUAUUUUAAAGAAUAUACUUGAAAAGAGAUGCCAUGGUUUGAUAAGUAACCCUUAGAGUAUUCAGACUAAAAGAGUAUAUUAAAUGUAACCUUAAUUAGUGCAAAUAAUCUUCAUUUACCCCUCUUUAAGACUGCACGCCACAUGAACACUCCUCAUAAAGGUAUAGAAGAAUGCAUUGCCAUUGUUUCAGCACUGGUGGCACAGCGGAGUAAACAGCCUUAUCUAAGAAAGCCUUAUAAAGAAAAGUUAUUACAUGGAGGCUAUUGAGCUCAUCUUUUAGUUUAUGCUGAUCCUUGUUUUGAGAACCUGUAUUAAAUGAUGAAUGAAAUGACAGGGCCUAGCUGUGUAUAAAUGAUCCUUCCUAAAUACCUUAAGGUUUUUUGUAAA